GCGCGUAAACAGACAGAAGAGCAGAGGAAGGCGCUCAGAGCAGACAGUCCAGUCCAGUCCACCCCUGGACCGAGAAUCGGCUUCUUUAAUGAGAGUGGCUUUCAUCUGAACUCUAGCGCCACCACUCCGCGUCGGAGCUUGUGCGUUUCUCGGCUGUGGUUUGGCAAACAACGCUGUGAACAUGAACGUCAGGUCUGCCCGUGGAGAGCGUUAAACUCGUACAGACGUCUCGCGAGGCCUCGGACUGAGUUACCGGACAGUUUUCAGGCGAUUGACGGAAAUCGGUGCGGCUGUGAUUUUCAAAGGAACCGCUGACCAGAGCAGGAGAAGCCGCUGCUGUCCUCGGGCAUGGACGCGGUGGCCGUUUCACUGCAGAGGAAGAUUGAUUUCUUGCAGCGGCAGCACAGAGAAACCCUGAGAGAGCUGCACUCGGAGACGGAGCGGUUAAGACGACAGAACCAGGACCUGCAGUUCAAGCUGAUCAUGGAGCCUCCAGAGUCCUGCAGAAAAAGGUCCAGUCACAAAGGGCAAAAUCACUGGCCAGAGUCCAACACAUUUCAGAAAGGAAUCUACUUUGAACAGACAGUAGAAGAUACACACCUGCCCCAAGAUGGAAACCUUGGCCAUCAGAUGAAACAUGGAGAGGAUGCCUCAGAGACUACAACAGCAGGCAGGCCUGCUCUGGUCUCAGAGGCCAAAGGGGGCCUCAUCACCUCUUUACACCCUCUAAGAAUCCACUGUAACCCGUCCCAGCCUCCAAGAGCCCCCACCCUGCAGGAGUGUGAAGUCAUUAUAAGGCAGCUCUACAACGCUAACAGCCUGCAGUCCCAAGACAUACUCCGCAUCAAGGCUGUACUUAAGGACAUUGUUUUCAACAAGAGAAUCACUCCAGAGAAUUACAUACUGACCAAAGUCUAUCUUGCUGAUGAUCAAAGAACUGAAGAGCGAGAGAUGUUCCCAAAGCUUCCUUUUCGUGGACUGUCCAGAGGGGUGGACAGACCAGUGUGCCAAGCCAACACAGUGGACAGAAUGAUCCUUCCUGCCCUCAAACAAAGCCUGGGCAUCAGUUUUGCUGAGAGACAGAGGAGAACCCGUGCUAUGCAGAGGAGCCGAUUACGCAGAACAGUAACAUGAAACAGUCAAAAAGGUCACAAAUGUGCAAGCACUCUACAUUAGCUAAGUAAAUCAUGAGGUUUGUGAAAAAUUCUAAAUGUUAAAACUGGGCUGAAAGGCUGAUUCAUAAACUCAAUGUUACACAAGUGUACUUUAAUGAAGCAAAGAAUAUUUAUUUGUGUAAAUAAAAAAAAACAUUCAUGCACAAAUUUCAAAA